AUGAUGUCAACUUCAAUGGGGGUAGGGACGUGCUAGACCCUGGUAUUAAUGUCUAUGUGUAGACACUUGCCGUGACCCCACUCUCGGAGGGUGUCUCAGGAAGAGUUAGGAUAUAUGCAAAACAUUUUUUUUAAAUAUACUAUUCAUACAUGCGUAUUAAUACACACUUGUACAUGUUUGAAAUAGGAAAAAUAUAAGCACCCACCCAUUUAUUAAUAUAAUAAUUAUUAUUAUUAUAGGGGACGUCCCAAGGAUCCAGAAUAACACGGACCCAAACGGCAGGGCGAUUGCGGCUAACCAAGCUAGUGGGGGAGAAAUGGCUGAUACCAUAGCUGAUACAAGGAGGCUAUUCUCCAAGCCUCAGAACUUGAACGACGCGUAUGGACCCCCAAGUAACUUUCUAGAGAUUGAUGUGAGCAACCCUGAAACGAUCGGUGUCGGGAGGACCAGGUUUACCACGUAUGAAAUAAGACUGAAGACCAACCUGCCCAUCUUCAAGCUGAAGGAGUCUCGUGUGCGGAGAAGGUACAGCGACUUUGAGUGGCUCAGAGGGGAGCUGGAGAGAGAUAGCAAGGUGGUGGUCCCCCCUCUCCCCGGGAAGGCUCUGUUCAGACAGCUUCCGUUCCGAGGGGACGAUGGGAUAUUUGACGAUUCCUUCAUCGAGGAGCGGAGAGCUGGACUGGAGCAGUUCCUCAACAAAGUGGCUGGUCACCCUUUGGCUCAGAACGAGCGCUGCCUGCACAUGUUUCUACAGGACGAGUCUGUGGACAAGACCUAUACCCCCUCCAAAAUACGACAAGCCUAAGAGCAGGACCACUGCCCGGCCCACAACCCAAAGCUCUCUCUACUGCUGACGGUCCUACUCUGCUCUGACCAAAAACACUUCUAUGAUCUUCACUCUUUCAUUUGUAAUCACUUUCUUUCUGUCUUUUUAUUUCCGUUUGAUUAGUGAUCUCAUGUAAUGCUCGUUUUCAACUCUCGAUUGGAUGAAACUAAGAAAUGGUCCCGACGUAAUUGUGGUUGAAAAUAAUUUAUAUAUCGAUUUUUUUUUUGUCUCAAAAUACCACUAACUUUGGUAUUUUACAUUAAUCUGUAUUUAUCAGUUGGGUAUGUCUUGGAUAUUUUAAAGAAAUAUUUAAAAAAAAUACCUUUCCAUGUAUGCAAACCUCAUGUUUAAACCCCAUACAUUAAGCACUGUUUCCACUCAAUGUCCAAUUGGAAUGAUUGUCCUCACCGCCAUAACUUUGAUUUCACACACUUUGUGGAUGGUCCCCUGACUCUGAAACAGUCCCUGAAAAAAACAAUCCCUGAAAAAACGAGCUCAGACUGGGGGAAAUAUAAUGACGUCAGUGAUAUUCUGGUCGGAGCUCUAGGUUAGUGCCAGAGAUUCCGACCGGUAUUUCUGUGUUGGAUGACUAUUAAAAAAAAUAAAAAAUCUAUCAAAUAAAAAAAUCCCAUUUGGCACUUGCAUUCCCAGUUGUCAUGAAUGCACUUAAAUCGGAGCUUUCCGAGUUGUCUUGUACGCACUGUCAGUGUGUACUACCGGCCAGCACUUCCCCUGUUAGUUAGCCUGUAAAUGAUUUUCUAAUGAGAAAUGCACCAGAGGGGAACCCCACAGAGUUUUUCUACCGACUGACCGUGCAUGUGUGUUUAUGACGUUUGUACACUGCUGUGCCAUUUUGUUUAUUUUGAACGUUUUUCAAUAAAACAGGUCAAACGCACUCAUACGCAUGAGGUGGUGGUUUUCCUGAAUAAAGAUUUCAGUGAAUUCA